AUGGCGACGGGUGGUGGCGUUAAGCUUGUCAAAAAUAUGCACCACAUCUUCAAACAUAUACACCCGUGUGGCACUGGCACUAGCUCUAGCUCUAGCUCUAGCUCUAGCUCUAGCUCUAGCUCUAGCUCUAGCUCUAGCUCUAGCUCUAGCUCUAGCUCUAGCUCUAGCUCUAGCUCUAGCUCUAGCUCUAGCUCUAGCUCUAGCUCUAGCUCUAGCUCUAGCUCUAGCUCUAGCUCUAGCUCUAGCUCUAGCUCUAGCUCUAGCUCUAGCUCUAGCUCUAGCUCUAGCUCUAGCUCUAGCUCUAGCUCUAGCUCUAGCUCUAGCUCUAGCUCUAGCUCUAGCUCUAGCUCUAGCUCUAGCUCUAGCUCUAGCUCUAGCUCUAGCUCUAGCUCUAGCUCUAGCUCUAGCUCUAGCUCUAGCUCUAGCUCUAGCUCUAGCUCUAGCUCUAGCUCUAGCUCUAGCUCUAGCUCUAGCUCUAGCUCUAGCUCUAGCUCUAGCUCUAGCUCUAGCUCUAGCUCUAGCUCUAGCUCUAGCUCUAGCUCUAGCUCUAGCUCUAGCUCUAGCUCUAGCUCUAGCUCUAGCUCUAGCUCUAGCUCUAGCUCUAGCUCUAGCUCUAGCUCUAGCUCUAGCUCUAGCUCUAGCUCUAGCUCUAGCUCUAGCUCUAGCUCUAGCUCUAGCUCUAGCUCUAGCUCUAGCUCUAGCUCUAGCUCUAGCUCUAGCUCUAGCUCUAGCUCUAGCUCUAGCUCUAGCUCU